CGGAAAAUGGUGCAUUUUUUUGCUUUCUGAAUUUUACGUACAAUAAGAAUAUGAAACUAAUGAUAAUAAUUUUCAUCUGGUUUUUGAACAUCUCGUUUAUGCAAGCAGUUCUCCUCCCAGGGGAAUCGGAGUGCGACUGCCAACGGGAGAAGCAAUUUUGCUCUAGAAGCGGAGAGAGAGUACGCGGAAUAUACACGGAUAAUCAGAAAUGCAACGGCUACAAUGACUGUGGAGAUUGGAGCGACGAAAAGAACUGCAGUCAUGUUUGUGAAUUAGCCAACCAAACGCCGUGCAGCUGCCAUCUUAACGGAUCAUGCGACAGAAGUAACCGGAUUUACUACUGGCCGUGUUUUAGUGAAAGAAGGAGAUGUGAUGGGAAAAACCAUUGCGGGGAUUGGAGUGAUGAACAGAAUUGCGAAUAUACUUGUGCAAGUAAUGAACGCGAGUGUGACUGUCGUAAAAAUGGAGGGACUUGUUCAAAGUUCGGGCGUUAUCAUAGGCAGUGUUACAAGGAUAGGUAUACAUGCGACGAGGAUCGGGACUGUGAAGACUUUUCCGACGAAACUAACUGCACCUGUGGUAGCAGGAGUGUAAAGUGUGGAUGUAUACUAAACCCUAACAACUGCACAUCGAGCCUGGGGUGCGUUGAAAUAAAAGACCUCCUCGAUGGAACGCAGCAUUGUAAAGAUUUUUCUGACGAAUCGUGUGAAAUUAUAAAAGUAAAUGCAAGAAGAGCCGUUCCUUAUUAUUAUCGAAACUCCAUAGAAGCCACAACUACCAACGUUUUUCUGUGCAAUGAAUCAAGCUAUAAUUACCUUUUGGAGCUAAACAAAACGCGGCCUAGGGAAAGAGGGUGUAAACAUAUCGAUUUCUAUUCACCUCAUACUUUAAAUGUGACUGAGACCAAAUGGAUUUGUUCCUAUAAAUAUUAUAUCAGAAACGGCUUCGUUCAAUGUGAAGAUAAAGGUUGGGAAGAGAUGGAAAGCGAUAGAGCUAGCGGCAAACUGCAGCAAGAUAUACAAGUGAAGUUCCGCAAGAUUGCUGGAUUUUGCCCCGAGCUCCUCCAGUUAAGAAACGCGAAAAUUACUCUAAAAAUAGAAGAAAGGAAUGGCUACGAUCCUGAUGAAAACGAACAGAAAAAAAGUUAAAAAGAAAACGGAUGGAUUUUUAGUGAGAAAUCCAAAACAGAGUGACCAGGCUUCAGCGAGCAAUACAGGUGUUUUACGUGAAUGGUUUAAAUGUUUUAUUUGGCAUUAAGUUCGUAGUUGUUGUUAUAGAGUGUAGAUCUGUAUGAUUAGCCUACAUAAUUUUUUUACAGCAAGUGACCUAACAGUGAGCGAACAGGUCAAGUCGAUGCAUUUGUAUGACGUCAAAAUGUUUACUAAAGGUGAAAAAUGUUACAUUUUGACUGUAAAUUAAUUUUGUUUACUUUAUAGUCAUAUUACGGAAAAAACACGGGUUAUAUACGAUUUAAAUCUAAACUUACUUUUUAUCUCAAAUAAAAUUAUCGCUAAAACUUGGUGUGAUAUAUACAGACGACGCUCCGACGUUUUUAAAAUAAUCUGUGCUGUAAGAACCACCGAUAGAGUUAUAUAAAUCAUAGUGUAUAAAGUCGCCUAAUUAACAAGUAAUUAUUUAUUACAUUGCCCGCGAGCAACUUAAACUUCAGCGUGUCAGAAGUCCCUUAGUAACUUAGUAAUUGGGACUUUUUGGCUUU